GAAAUUGGAAAAGUCUUCGGAAAAGCUAACCAAUUUAAGUGCAAUGCAAUUCAAAAAAAAUGAAAAAUUUGAAUAAAAAUUAAAAAAUCGCUGCGGGCUGAUAUAUGCAUACAUACAUGUACCCAAUUCUACAUAUGUACUUUGGCCCACUUUCUGCACUAUCGAUUUAUGUCAAAGACGACGGACGGCGACAUUGCGUGUUUCGAAAAGUAUAAAAAAUUUUUACAAUAUGUAAAAAAAAAUUUUCUUUAAUUUGAUACUGUUUGUUACAUCCUGAUCAACAUCACUGAGUUUCAAUUGUUAUAGUACUCUGGAUAUAUUAUAUAUAGAAUGCAUAUAAACAAACAUUAAUAAAAACUCACAUUAGUCAAAAAUGCUUUGAAUAGAAAAUCCAAAAAGUUACUAUUUGGUUAUUAGCACAACACUAAGAGACAUCACAGACAUCUGCAAAAUGGGUGGCGCUGUGGCAACAUACACAAGUUAUACCAAUAAAUGGAUUAUUACUCUCGCAGCGGCAUUUGGAUUACUAUUUUUCGUAUGGAUUCCUCAAGUCUCAGCCGAAUGUCAAACACGUUCAAUUUAUUGCUAUGAAUGUGACUCAUGGACGGAUGCAAGAUGUAAAGAUCCUUUUAAUUAUACCGCUUUACCGAAGGAUCAACCGCCAUUAAUGACAUGCAAUGGUUGUUGUGUAAAAAUGGUGCGACACUCUAAAUCACCGUAUGAAGUUGUACGUCGUAUGUGUACUUCGCAAUUACAAAUAAAUUUAUUUAUGGUCGAUCAUGUGUGCAUGAUGGAAAGUUCAGGCAAUGGACAUAUGUGCUUUUGUGAGGAAGAUAUGUGCAAUUCUAGUAAAAAUUUAUUACCAAAUAGUUACCAUUUCAUAAUUUCUAUAUCAUUGCUAAUCCUUAUACUAAAUCAGUUCAAAAAUCGUAUGCAACUGCAACUGAAACAACCUGAACAACUCUUACUAACAUCUUCAUUACCAUCUCGCUCAUCAUCAUCACAAAUUGUUAUACACAGAUAGAGAGGAGGCUCUUUUUUAUCGAAGAUAUUAUGAAUAUAUACAAUAAAAAGACAACAAUUAUAUAGAAUUAUAUUUAAAAAAAAAAUACUUUCCUCUACCCUACUAACUUAAACUAGACUCAAUUGUUAUUAUUUUUAGAGUAGUACGUACAUUUAGCAAAAAAAAAAACAUUUAUUAGACUAAUUGAACACAUUCUUUUUCCUAAGUAUACUAUAUAUGUAUAUAUACUAAG